AUGCUUCUUAACGCCACCACAGCAAUCUCAACAUCAACCGUCUUAUUAGUCCCAUACUCCAAACGACACGUCCUGAAAUAUCAUGAAUGGAUGAAAGAUGAGGGAAUCCAACAAGCAACAGCCUCCGAACCCUUAACCCUCUCUGAGGAAUAUGCUAUGCAACAAAGCUGGAGACAGGAUGCCGACAAAUUGACAUUUAUUGCUUGUCUACCGUUAUCAUUUCCCCCUUCUUUUGCUAAAGAUAGUAUAUCAGAAGAAGAUGAUGCGCCGGAGAGGAUGAUUGGGGAUACGAAUCUAUUUCUACGAUCUGAUGACGAUGAUGAUGAUGACGACGACUGCAAUGAAGCUGAAGAAAAAAGAGUGAUAGGCGAAAUCGAACUAAUGAUUGCCGAAAAACGGAACCAAGGGCAAGGCUUUGGACGAGGGGCAUUGUUGACGUUUUUGUGGUAUGUUGCGAGUCAUGAGGGCGAGAUAUUGGAUGAGUUUUUGCAAUCUACCACUACAACAGAUAGCAAAAAACACGGAAAGAUGAAGUGCUUAAGUGUCAAGAUUGGGAAGGAUAAUGCUCGGAGUUUGGCGCUUUUUGAGUCCUUGGGGUUUGAGAAAGUAUCACCUGGGCCGAAUUAUUUUGGAGAGUUUGAGUUGAGACGGUAUGGGUUGGAUGUGGAUGCUGUUGUGAAAUUGGCGAAUACAUAUGGGUUGAAGGAUUAUAGGGAGUUGGGUUACAGUGGUGAAUAA